AUGAGUGAUAGCGCAGAUUUCGAAGAGGGCGAAGUCGAUGAUAUAAGCGAUUUUGAGGACGGCAAUCCAGGCGACUCCGGUGCUGUUUUUCCCUUGGGUGAUGGCUCGUGUGAUGAUUCGCCAUCGCAUAGAGGUGCUUCUCAUGGUACUUGGCGUGAGGCCUAUAAAAACAGGGACGUAAGAGAUAUGAGUUUGAGUCAUAGACACGGAGAAAGAACUAGAGAGUCCUUAUUGAGGUUUUUGUGUGAUGAUGAGCCCGCUCCUCGGCGUAAGGCCUCUGGCAUGAAGCGAAAGAGGAAGCGACGCGAAUGGGUUUCGGGUAGUGGCGAACGGUCUCAAGGGACGAGGCAGGACAAAGCGAAGUGCAGGUUCUACCUGGAGGGUCGCUGCAACAAGGGGUCUGAGUGUCCAUUUAGUCACGGUUUUACACCAGCCAAAAAACAGGAACUCUGCAAGUUUUAUGCGACUGGUGGCUGCAGCAAGGGAUCUGGAUGCCCUUUUCUCCACGGGGAGUUCCCGUGCAAAUUCUUCCAUUUAUCGAAGAACUGUUAUCAUGGUAGCAACUGCAAGUUUUCUCAUGAGCCUCUCACCUCUUCGACACGAUCGCUUUUAGAUAAACUCGUUGAUGAUCAGAACCGCAACUUGCGUUCCACGGAGAAUGUCAGUUUCAAUCGGGAGGCUUCGUCAAUUUACGCUUCGCCCUUGAAUCAGUUUCCACAAGGUGCAUUAACAGAGCCCUAUGGUGACGUUGAUUACAGGCACAUGGUUCAUUCGGGUCCAACUGGCAUGGGGACGCAACCUGGUGUUCCUUGUGGCUUCCAACCCUCCCCGCAGACGGUUGGUCGCAGACCGCCUCCAGAACCGCACCCACCACAUUUCCGGCGUCCCAUCGAUGAGGGUCACUUGCGUCCAGCGCUAGGGUACGGUGGACCUCCACCCUUCCGUGGGCUGUUCUCUCCUCCUUACCGCUUCCAUACGGGAAAACCAUUCCCUCUACCACAUCGGCCGCCAUUGGCGGGUGGCAAUCGCGAGGCUCCUAUGCCUUAUCCACCACUGAGAUUCCGGCCCCCAUAUCAUGACGGUGGUGGGGACAACUUUUACAACUCAACCAAUGCUGAUGAUUACCUUCCCGAACAGUCCAAUAAGAUUACGGAUUCAAAAACGCAGGAAAUUAAACCCCCCAGUCCACCUCCACCUGGAUCUCCGGUAGACGACCACCGCGAGAUUCCCCCGAAAAUGAUGGUUAGUAAAGACAUCGUUGUGUACUUGAACGAGAAGUCUAGCGCAGAUACCACCCCUGUGACUUUCAAAUGGCAUAUCAUACCUCUUGAGUUCGACAAGAGCCCUCGUCAGCUGCCUCCUUCGGCGGCUAAUGCCAAUCCUUCUGAUCCUCGGCUGAAGGCUCGACCUCAAUUGCAAGUUCUAUUAACUAUCCCUUCUGUUUCAACUGAGGAAAAACAAUCGGAAGUGAAGAAUCCUCCCCAGUCGGAACGUAGGAAACGUCCGAAACUCACAUUGAAUGAAAUGGCAAACACGUUCGCCAAAACAGGUCAUCGAGUGCAGUCGAAAACGCCAGUCCUUUAUUCGAACAUACUGGAUCCAAGAUUAUUGAAGCGACAAAAAGUUGAGAGCGAGGUGGCAUCGCAUGAGACUGCCGCCGAAGAGGAGCAGUCUCUUACACCCAAAGCGUUGCGAGUCGUUUUCUCGCCGUGA